AGUGGACGAGAAACAUCGUAGGUGACUUCCCUCACACUCAAUCCCACCAUCAUGCCUCAUCCCGUUUUUGCGAGGAAUUGCAUCCUAACCACGAUCGUUGCUCUCGUUGUUAUCAUACAAGUUUCCUAUUUUUCACACAUCCAGCAUACUCUGUCAAGGCACGAAGAAAUACUCUCGUCUGGAGCCUCAAACAAGCGACGAGAACCAGGCGAGGGAGGGGGCGGGGUUGUCUACAGCACAGGUGACCUCCAUGAUGAAUAUGACUAUAUUAUCGUGGGUGGAGGCCAAGCUGGUUUGACCGUUGGCAAUCGUCUCAGCGAAGGCAAUGACACCGUCCUCGUCGUCGAAUAUGGCCAUCUCUACCGCCACGACCCGCUCAUAGCUCGUCCUUGGCAACCUUUCGACGCCUCGCACGGUCUCUUCCAUGAUCCUAAGCUCAUGUUCAACUUCUCCUCAGUACCUCAGCAGGGUCUCAACAACCGCACCUCCGAAGUCUCUGCCGCAGCAGUCGUUGGAGGUGGAUCUACCGUUAACGGCAUGUUUCUUAACCGUGGUGCCGCUGAGGACUACGAUGCGUGGGAGAAGCUAGGCAACGUAGGAUGGGGCUGGAAGGAUCUGCUGCCAUACUUCCGCAAAAGUGUUACGUUCACCCCUCCCGGGGAGAUGCUGCAGAAGGAGUACAACGCGUCGUGGGAUGAGGACGCGGCAUACGGAGAACAGGGACCGGUACAUCUAAGCAAUCCGGCUUGGGCAUGGCCUGGUCAAAAAGUGCAGAUUGAAGGAUGGCAACAGCUCGGGGUACAGCAAUCGCGGGAAGGCGCUGGUGGAGAUGCCUUCGGCAUCUUCUGGGUUCCGAGAUCGCAAGAUCCAAACACCGAAACGCGAUCAUAUGCUGUUACGGCCCACCUCGACCCGGUCCUGAGACGGAGCAACUACCAUCUGCUUCCGGGAUACCGAGUCAAUUCAGUCUUGCUCUCCAGAGACCACAGAGCUCACGGUAUCGUGCUUCAGCGUCGCGAUGGCAAUGAUGUCGGAGUCGUACGAGCUAGGAAGGAAAUCAUACUUGCAGCUGGUGGUGUGCAAUCACCUUUAAUCCUCCAAAGGAGCGGUGUUGGGCCAAAGCAUGUGUUAGAAGAGGCCAAAAUCGAAGUUCGCGUUGAGCUUCCUGGUGUUGGUAUGAACCUGCAGGAUCACCCUGCUAGCGGGUUGGCUUAUGAAUUCACCACUGACAUGUACCUCAAUCCAAACAACAUGUCGAACAAUGCCACCUUCGCCGCCGAGGCUCAGGCACAGUUCGAGCGAGACCGAUCAGGCCCAUACGCUGGCGGCCACAACACCGUCGCCUUCUUACCAAGCGCAGAUUUUCACCCGAACACUGACGCCCUCGUCUCAUCCGUCCGCAGUCAAGCACCCUACGACCACCUCCCAGCCGCCUACGCAUCUGACCCUACCCUUCUAGCCGGCUAUCUUUCACAACGUCAGCAGAUCGUCCACGCUAUGUCCUCACGCACCUCGGCUCUCAUCGAGAUGCCUCUGGCUGGGGAUGCCUACUGCCUUCUCAUCCUGCAAAAGCCGCUCUCUCGGGGCACAGUGACCGUUGACCCUACCGACCCGGCAAACGGCACGCCUCGCCUCGACUUCGGCACUCUCGCCAACCCGCUCGACACGCACGUCCUCGCCCAGAUGUACCGCCGCGCGCGCCAAUGGUAUCAGACCGACGCCAUGCAGACGCUGGGACCUUACGAGCACUCGCCAGGACUAAACGUGCAGAGCGAUGAAGAGCUUGAGGCGUUCAUUCGCGAGCACGCGGAGAGCACGAUUGGGCACCAGAGCGGCACAUGCGCCAUGUUACCGCGGGAGUUGGGGGGCGUGGUAGAUGCAGAGUUGAGAGUGUAUGGGACCAGAGGGCUGAGCGUGGUGGAUGCCAGCGUGAUACCCUUGAUCCCAAGCACGAAUUUGUGUGCUACCGUUUAUGCAGUGGCGGAGAAGGCUGCGGACAUCAUCAAGUCGCGACAUCGUGUUGUUGGCGUGAAGGAAGAAAUCCAUGAUUUACGUUUAUAGCGAUAAAUUUGCUACAUUAGCAUGGUGUUUGCGGGCCAGGUUGCCAUGCGGGCAGAUUGUUCGUCUUUA